AUGGACUAUUGGCUGCGAGAAAUAGAAGGAAAGCAAGCUCAUGACCCUUUAUUCAUGGACAAAAUGAAUAAAAAGUCAUCAUCAUCAGCUGAGAGAUUUGUGUGGGUUAAGGGUCCUGUGAUUGUAGGAGCGGGUCCUUCAGGGCUUGCAGCAGCAGCAUGUCUCAAAGAGAAAGGUGUCCCGAGUGUAAUAUUAGAGAGAUCUAAUUGCAUAGCUUCUCUGUGGCAGCUUAAGACCUAUGAUCGCUUAAGCCUUCAUUUGCCAAAGCAAUUCUGUGAGCUUCCCUUUAUGGGGUUUCCUUCUGAUUUCCCAACAUACCCAUCAAAGCAACAGUUCAUACACUACUUGGAGACUUAUGCAGAGAGGUUUGGUAUUAGGCCAAGGUUCAAUGAGACGGUCAAGCAUGCCGAAUUUGAUCCCAAUCUUGGGCUUUGGCGUUUGAAGUGUUGUAACAAGGCGGAGAUGACGACGGAGUAUUUAUGCCGGUGGCUGAUUGUGGCCACCGGAGAGAAUGCAGAGGCGGUAGUGCCUGAUAUUGAAGGAAUGGGUGAAUUUGGAGCACCCAUUAGGCAUACAAGCCUGUAUAAGAGUGGUGACGAGUUCAGAGGGAAGAGAGUUUUGGUGGUUGGAUGUGGAAAUUCUGGCAUGGAAGUGUGUUUGGAUCUUUGCAACCAUAAUGCUACUCCUUUCCUUGCUGUCAGAGAUACAGUACACGUUCUACCACGAGAGAUGCUGGGAAAAUCAACUUUCGGGUUGUCCAUGUGGUUGAUUAAGUGGUUACCCAUGCGACUUGUCGAUCGGUUCCUCCUCAUCGUGUCGUGGCUUAUGCUCGGUAACACUGCUCGAUUCGGAUUAGACCGGCCGCGUUUGGGUCCCCUUGAACUCAAAAACCUGUCCGGAAAGACCCCUGUGCUAGAUGUCGGUACCCUUGCCAAGAUUAAAGGUGGAGACAUUAAGGUGCGUCGAGGCAUAAAGCGGCUAAAACUUCGUACGGUGGAAUUCGUAGAUGGAAGGACAGAGAAUUUUGAUGCCAUCAUAUUAGCAACUGGUUACAAAAGCAAUGUACCCUAUUGGCUUAAGGAAGAGGUUAUGUUCUCUAAGGAAGAUGGGUUCCCUAGGAAGCCUUUCCCAAAUGGGUGGAAAGGUGAAAAUGGGCUCUAUGCGGUUGGUUUUACCAAAAAGGGACUACUUGGUGCAGCCAUGGAUGCCAAGAAAAUAGCUGAAGAUAUUGAACGGUGUUGGGAAGCUGAGGAGGCAAAGCAUAGAACUGCUUUUGCUUGUUCACUUUUGCCGCAAUCAAAUUCAUAAAAUUGAUAUUUGGUUUCGGCUAAGUCAGGGACAAGAGAAAAGAGACUUAUGGUCAUGGAGGAAGAGAUUGAAGCGAGUACAUGAAAUGGAAACAGAGGUUUUUUUAUGGUACUAUCUAUGCUAUCAUCACAAUUCACACAUGUGCUCAAUGCUAGUACCAAAUUGGGGCUCCUCCGAUCCAUGCAUGAUGCAUGGAGAAGUGGGCAAAAGCGAAAGGAAAAUGUGGAAGAUUAUAUCCUAUGGUGCCCUUCACCUUAAUGUUUAAUGGAUUAAU